GUUGUUGUUGUAGUAUCGGCAGAAUUCUGUAUUUAUUCGGUAACAUUCACCGGUCAACUUUAUUUCAUCGUGAACGUUUCAGUUUUAAGAAGAAGAAACAAAUAGGAAAAUGUCAAUGUUUAUUCUCUUUGUUAAUUAGUUCGUUUAAUUUUACGUGUUUGAUAGUGCAUACAAUUGCAGCUUUUGGAAAAUAUUUGUAUAAAAAUGGGUGUUUCUAAUUAUGAUGCGCUUCGCAAGCAAGCAAGGCAUUUGGAGAACGAAAUAGACCUAAAGUUAGUUGCAUUUAGCAAAAUUGGUGCAGGCACUAGCACAUCCCUGCAUAGCAGUUCAUCAACCGACACAUCACCACUAUUAGGCGAACAUGUCUUCGAUUCCCUCUCGGAAGAAAUUUCACAAAUGCUAGACAAGCUUUCGUCGUUGAAUGAAAAUAUGUCAGAGCUUCCUGCAACAGGUGCUGCUGCUAUUCAUACACUCCAACGUCAUCGUGAAAUCCUGCAUGGAUAUAAGCAAGAGUUCAAUAAAAUUUGCGCAAAUCACACAACUCGCAUAGAGCGUGAAGAAUUAUUACGCGGUUCCGGGUUGGCCACAAACAGUCCAACUAUUUCUGGAUUAAGUAGACGCGAUCUGUAUUUGAAAGAAAGUACUCAUUUGAACAGUUCAAGUAAUAUGGUCAAUGACCAAAUAAACAUCGCUAUUGAAACUCGGGAACACUUACUUUCGCAGAGACAAGCAUUCAAACGAUUGCAGACACGAUUUAAUGACAUAUCCAAUAGAUUUCCUCUGAUUUCGAGUCUGAUACAAAGGAUCAAUAUAAAGAAGAAGAGAGAUUCACUUAUUUUAGGUGCAGUUAUAGCUGUGUGUGUAAUACUUCUAUUGCUCUACGCGUUUAAUUAACAAUUUUUGUUUAUAUUUUAAAAUUUUAAACCAAUCCAAACCAGUCUAAAUUUUAAAUCACCCAAUUCAUAAUAUUGUAAGCGUUAUUGAGAUAUACAUAUGUAUGAAAAAAAGUUGAUCUAUAUUUUUAUAAUUUUUUUUUGACUUCAGUUUAAUUAUUUUACAUUUGUAGGGCAAUAAAUAAUAUUUAAUUGUAUUGUAAUUUGUGAUAAAACAAGGUAUAAAUAAAACAUAAAAAAGUA